AUGGCUACGCCCGAGGAGCAACAAGCUGCCGCCAACUCUUUCAUUCAGGAAGUAUGGGGUCUUCAAGGUGUGGCGUACCUGGUUGUGGGCCUGCGGUAUUACAGCCAGUUCACGUCUUUUGGUCGGCGUCUACAGUGGGAUGAUAUCCUGAUGCUCUUGGCAACUAUCACCUACACGGCCGAAUCAGUUGCCGCGUACUAUGUCGUGGCGUACUGGAAAGCGCUUGCAAAUAAUGGCAUAACACCCGAGCAAAGAGAAGCGUUACGAAGGAACCCCGAUAGUCCGGAAUGGGAGUUACGUAUCAACGGAUCCAAGACACAUGUCAUUGGUCUGAUUUUAUACAUGACACUUCUAUGGCUCUUGAAGGGUUACUGGAUUGUUUACUACAACCGCUUGACUGAAGGUGUUAGCUCGGCGAAGCGAGUCGCCUACUGGGGUGCCUACAUCGUGCCCAUCACCUAUGUGUCCUGCCUCCUGGUUGCGUUCCUCAAGUGCAUACCGUUCGAAAAGCAAUGGCAGAUUGAUCCAGAGCCUCCGAACUCUUGCAUGCCUGCCAUCACCUACAUUCAGACCAUCUACGUCAUGGCCAUGAACACGAUCACAGACUUUUAUCUCAUGGCUAUUCCCCUUCCCAUGGUAUGGAGAGCCAGGAUGCCUUGGAGGAAGAAGCUUGUCAUCAUGGUCAUGUUCAGCGGUGCUUUCCUUGAGAUGGCCUUUGGUAUCCUUCGGGCUGUUUCCAUCCUCACGAAAGGAAACACUGACCCCGCCCAGUCUGGCUACUGGUCGGUUCGUGAAUCCUUUGUCAGUUUCGUCCUCACCAACAUGCCCAUGGUCUACCCCCUUGUCAAGAGGUUCAUCGAGAAGAGCGUCAGCAGCUCCAAGGGCAACAGUCGACCAGGUCUCGGCGACAGCCAAGGAUACCGGCUGGAAAGCUUCAAGAACAAGUCAGCCUCUCGACCACGACCAGACGAGAGGGAUCUGGGCGAUACAGUCUGGGGUUCCAAGGAACACAUCGUCGCCACCGAGACCAUCGACAAGGGGCAAUCGAGUGGAGACGACGCGUCACUGCCAGGCUCGGACAAGGCACCCAAUUCUUACAAUACUCGUAUGAGGGGCACUACAACGGCCGGGGCUAUCGGCGGUAAUUCUUCUGCUGUCGCUUCAUUUGGAGGCGCCAAGAAUUGGAGGCAUGGUGCUAAGGCAGGAGAUCAAAUCAUUGUAACCAAUGAGUAUACUGUGAGAGUUGACGAAGAGGCAGCCAGUGGAACACCGGGUCGCUAUGCUGGCCGCUGA